CUUUGUGUUUGUGUAUUGUAUAUUGCAUUGUUGGCAAAGAUUUCACUUUUAAUUUCACUUCUAACUUAAUUUACCAAUUUCUAGCUCAGAAUAGAUGUCCAGGGAUUCUGCAAAUGUGUUACUAUAUUAAUAAUUGCUAUCUGGAGAGAGGAAUCUAAAAGGUUUCCCUUGCUGCAUCAACCAAACUUUUAAGAGCCUAUGAAAUGCCUCCAAGCCCACAUAAGGACACCGCUGGCUUGUUGGGGCAUGCAGUUUUGAGAACAGGCAUAAAUGUUUUAUAAGUGUGACAAACGCUUGACUGGGUUGCUCUUUGGAUUGACGGUUCCUCAGUCUCUCCCUUUUGAAAUACCUUUCAGAACAAGGACUUAGUGUUCUCAUUAGUCAAAGAAAGGUGAUUGCUUUCAUUAUGAACAGACUCAAUGCACUUGUUUCCCAUGCUGUGUGUGCUCACAAUACUUGUCUCCGGAUUUUUAGUUAACAAGCACCAUAAAAAAACAUGUAAGAUGUGCUGACUUUUAUUUGAUAAAAACAAGAAAGUGAAGGACAAUGGAUUAUUGUUGCAAAUGUUAAAAUGCUGGCCCUUUGUGAGUUCAGGGGGAAUUUACAUACUGACUUGCUCAUAAAUGCUUCCCUUGUUUACAAAGUCAUGGGUCUGGCAAGGCAACAAGGUGAAGUAAAAUGAAUAACAAUGUUUCAGCAUUAGUAACCCAGAGAGCACAGCACAGCCUUACAGAAGGGGAGUGUCACAGGACACUGGAUUAACCAACUACUGUCAAAUCAGUAGUCAGCCCAAACAUACAUAGCUUAAAUUUAUCUGCGCAGUUUGUUGUGGAAAGACCUGUGGAGGCGUUUCAUAUUCAGCCCUUUCAUUUGAGAAUGGAUAAAUCAAAUGGAGGAAAGCAUUCCUGGGGUAGCAGAAUGACUAUGAAUUUUCCUGAUAAAUUCACCCUGGAGAGAAACAGCACUGCAGUGAAGGAGGUCCCAGUGGCAGUCCCCCAGCCGGGCCACAGGCUCCCCAAUCCCCCUCAGGGCCAGCCACAGGAGGGCAUAGCCAUCAGUCUGAAGGGGCUGCUGGCUGCUCAAAGGUUUUCCAAAGGACUCAAGAAACGUGCAACAUUGAAACUUGCAGCAAAAAAAGGUAUUGGGACAACGUCACUGAAGCCAGUCAAGAUCAUUAAUGAGCAGGUACCUGAUGGCUUUGUCCAGCCUUUGGAACGUUUUCCCUUUGCCCAGGUCACCAAGCUGCUGCGAGGGUUCCUAGCAUCCCGCCUGGACGGGGUGACCUAUGAGGCCUCCCGUUCCGGUCAGCUGGUUCAGGACCUAAGUGAGGAUGUGAAGAGGCUGGUUAGGGCUGUUUGUCCCAGUCACUACAAGCUGAUAUGCAUCCUUACUCUGGGUCCGGUGGAGCGGGAGGGUGCAAUGCUCGCUAGUCGAUGCCUGUGGGACCCACACUCUGACACCUUUGCUUCCCACACCUACAAGAGCCCACUUGUCUUCUGCACUGCAGUGAUAUUUGCUGUGUACUGUGAAUGACAUAACGCAGUCCUGGAGUAAAUCCAAAUGUGUGUAGUGUGACAAUUACUUAAAUUACUUACUGGUACGGAUAUUUAUAUUCAAACAGAUUUACAGGUCUCUUUAAACCCUCUCAACUACAAAUUUACAAAAGCAAUUAAAAUGAGUGAAAUUGUAUGAAUCCUAAAGAUGCCGAGGCUUGAGUUUGUAAUUUGAAUGUUGAGUUUGAAAUAUUAUUUAAAAACUUUAAUACAAUGCUAUUCUGCUUUUGAUAGAAUUGGUACUUUUAUAGAACUGUAUGAUUAAUCAAACAAAUUACGUUCCACUAGUGAAGUCUGUUAAAGUCACUAGUGGAAAAGACAUACUGUAUUCACAUGUGUAAAGCUAUUGUGCUUGGUUUAUUUUAUAUUUGAACAAACUGUCUUGACUUGACUUGAUUAUAAAUGGCAAA